CCCGCGGCGGGGCUGCGCUGUGCUGUACGGAGGCUGCGGCAGCAUGGCCCGCUUGCUGGGCACCUUGCGCGGCUCGCAGCCCGUGGCGCGCUUUCAGCGCUGCUGCGGGCUCUUCCCCGCCGGCGAGGAGGGCGGCGGCGACCCCGCCGAGGGGGCCCGGCAUCGCGUCGCCUACAACGGGGGCGGCGCGGGAGGGCAGCGCCGCUCGGGAGCCGCCGGCUGCGGGGCGCCCAACGGAGUGCGGGGCGGCCGCGGCCCGCAGGGCUGUGUACAGAAGUAUGUUGUGAAGAACUACUUCUACUAUUACUUAUUCAAGUUUUCAGCUGCUUUGGGUGAAGAGAUCUUCUAUAUCACUUUCCUCCCAUUUAUCUACUGGAACAUCGAUCACUCUGUGUCUAGAAGGAUGAUAAUCAUUUGGUCUAUUGUGAUGUACAUAGGGCAGGUCUCCAAGGACAUCCUCAAGUGGCCACGGCCCCUCUCACCACCUGUCGUGAAGCUGGAGAUACGGACGGAUGCGGAGUAUGGGAUGCCUUCCACCCAUGCCAUGGCAGCUACUGCCAUCUCCUUCUCCUUUUUCGUCACAACCAUGAACCAGUAUAAGUACCCAUUCGAGCUCGGCCUGACGGCAGCAUUCGUGUUCUCCACGCUGGUGUGCCUCAGCAGGCUGUACACGGGGAUGCACACAGUGCUGGAUGUGAUCGGCGGUGCGCUGAUCUCGGCAGUGCUGCUGGUGCUCCUGUACCCUGUGUGGGAUAGCAUCGACCACGUGCUGCUGACCAGCCCCUUCUGCCCGCUGCUGUCCAUUGCUGUGCCCCUCCUACUGUGCUACAACUACCCCAAGCUGGACUACUACAGCCCCACCCGUGGGGACACCACCACCAUCCUUGGAGCUGGAGCUGGAGCGACUGUGGGGUUCUGGUUAAACAACCAGUACGUGGCACCUGCCUAUGUCAGCAGAAACAUGGGAUUUCCUCUCAUCACCGGUCCCAUGGUGGUGCUCAUGCUGGCCAGGUUUUUCGUAGGGCUCCUAGUUAUUCUACUGACGCGGCAGCUGAUGAAGAACGUGGUCCUGCGCGUGCUGUGCUACUGCUACACGUUCCCCAUCGCUGACCUGGAUGCCCGGAGGAGGCUGGAAGUGGAAGUGCCGUACAAAUUUGUAACGUACUCAUCGGUGGGCUUCACUGCUACCGUCAUCGUGCCGCUGCUGCAUGAGCUGUUGGGGCUGCUUUGAGCCUUGUUCCUUGACAAGUAGCUCGUGGUGCCACCAUUUCAGAGAGAAGUUGUUCAAGGCUUGAACUUGAUCAGAAAGGGUUUGUUGCCUUUCUGCACUGGCCCAAAGCACCCUGUUCUGAAAACUGGGGAGGACUUGCUGUACCCAAAUAACUGAGUUAGAAAUCGUUGAUCCCACCACAUCCCGUAAGUACUGACCCGUGGCCUAGGUGACUGAGCGUGGUGAGCACAGCACGAAGCCACGUCCUCAUGGGUCAGCAGCACCGUGGGCGAAAAAAAAAAAAAAGAAAAAUGAAAAAAAAAUCCAACCCCACAGAGUAAUUUCUAACCAAUCUCUCCCUAAUCCUAACACAAAGAUCCUUUCCCUGUAUGAUGGAGCAGAGUGGUGGCAGCAGUGAGGCUUGUGGUGCUGCUGCUGGACCUGGCUCUGUGUCUGUGCAGAGACUGGGAGCAGACAGCCCCUGCAGUGCCCUGGGGUGAGGGGUGAUGCCGAGCUGCCACAUCACUGUUGGUCUUCCAUACAUCUUGCAGUACGUGUACAAAGUGUAGAAUAGCAUCAGCAGUGUUCAUAGGCAUGCCACCGCUGUACUGCUCAGGCUGCUUAUUUAACGCUGUGUACUUGCCCUAGGACCAAUGAGCUGUUGAGAAAUACAGCGGUGAGUGUGGUCUGCUGGGCUGGCAGAGCGUAGCGCUGCACCGCAGAGCUCGGGGCAGGCCUGUGUGCCUUCCCUGCCUGCACAGCGUGAGCUUCAGCCGUGCGCCUUCGUGCUCAUGGCUGCAACAAAGAUGGACUUGGUUGUAAGGGAGGUGCUUUGCCAUCUGUUGGCUGCCUGUAUGCACACAGCCGAGCCCCAACACAUUGCUGAGGGCUCUGGCUGGCCAGCUGGGGCACAUGAAAGAGCCGUGUGAUUUCAGACACGGUUGGUGAUCUCCAAACGAAAUGCAGGCAGAAACGUUAGCUAUUUGUAGAUUUGCCCAGGCUGUGGUUAAACUGUUUUAAAUUAGAGUGUGUGGACACAUCUGUCUUCACAUGUGCACGCGGAGAGCUUAGAUGAAUUUCCUCCCACACUGCUGCUGUGGGUGCGGGGCUGCGGCCACCAAAGCUGCUGGGUCCCCUCUCGGUCUCCUCCUGGUGCUGCCGGUCACAGCUCAGGGGGCUCGGUGUCACGGCAGGUGGGACCAGGGGGCUGAGAGGCACAGCCUGGUGGAAGCACCCGUGUGUAAUGAUCCUGUUCUGAAUAGCAGCUACUUGGUGUUAUGGAGAAUUGUCUAAGUUAUACAGAGAAGCUUGGAUUUAUAAUGUAUGUGCAUAGAUAUUUUUAUAUUUUAUAGUAUUCGCCCGUAUGGGAUUCAUGCAAUACAUGCAAAUUGUACUUGGUUCAAAUUUUAAAAUAUAAAUAUUUUGCAAACUUU